AAUUUCUCCAAAAAUAUUCUAGAUAAAAAAGAAGAAAAUGAAUCGUCUUAUGAUUUGUAUGUUUGUUCUUGCAAUGUGUUUUGAGUUAAAUGUAUCGAUAGCAUCAUGGUUCAAAUGUCCGAACAACAAAGUUCUAAUUGAGAACGAUCUUGGUCCCGGUUUGGUUCUCCAGUACCAUUGUCACUCCAGAGAUGACAAUCUAUCUGUUGCAAAUUUACAAUUCAAAGAAAUGAAAAGAAUAGUAUUCGGGGACAAGUUAGGCAGAAGGACAAGAUGGACUUGUACUUUGAAACAUGGAUUGUACAUGCGAUAUAGUAAAGAAUUUAUAGCAUACAAAGCCGGUGUCAUUGAUGAUUGUGAUAAAUGGCGUCAUUGGAUUGCCAAACGUGAUGGAAUUUAUCUUAUAAAAGAUAAAAAGCUGCCAGCAGUGUUCAAACAUGCAUGGAUUAAAAAAACUAAAUAAUGUUUAUGGUGCAUGACAAUGGUACUUUUUGUUUAAUAUUAAUUAUAUAGACAUAUGACCAGAGCCGGUCAGGACUACAAGCAGAGCAAGCAGGUACUUGCGGCCGUCAGAUAAUAUGUAAUCAUUAAUCGAUCUUUUUUAUGAGAAGUUUUCUUACUCUAAUGGUAAAAGUAUUUGGUUUUUAAUGCCCAACACCAGGGUUCAAAUCCCAGUACUAUUAUUUCCU